ACUAUUGGCGCCAUUUCUAGUUCGAACUGUUACGAAAAGAUGAUCAAAUAAAUUUUCUAGGAUUAGUAAAUUCGUUUCAGUAUAAAUGUUCCUUGAUUAGUUUACAUCACGCAAGGAAACGAAUAUAAGUGUUUAUUGAAUAUACUUCUGCUCACAACUUUCAUUACUUAAUUAAUAAAUUGUUCAUCGUCGAAGGUUCUCUAAAAAAAUUCAUGUUACACAAUGCAACAGUCAAGUAAUCUGCACCAUAAAACUUACUUUAGUUUAUUAAACGAGAACUCUGUUCAGCAGUACAAAGCUUAUCUCCAAAGGUCAUCUAAUGUUACAUCAAAUGUUCUGUUGGAAGAAUCCUGGCGAGCUAACAGUCAUGUCCUUAACAAUUUUGCAAUUGAUGGUAUACUUGAUUCGGCUAGGCAGCUUUUAAAGAAUUCUAAAAAUAGAAAGGAAAUGUCUUCAGCUUGGGAAAGUUCCAUAAGCAACCUGCCUGAUCCGUUACUAAUGUUUGAAAAGUCUAUGCAGUGUAAAAAGUGUUCAGAAUCAAACAAAGCAAAUACAGAGUUUAUGAAGACGGAUUGUAGAUGUGAACCUCCUAUUCCAAAAUCAGACAUAAUUAUUGUUGAAUCCUCACAGAACUCAAGUCAAGAAUCAAAAGAUGAAACCAAAAUUUUUAAACCUAGACUUUGUAAUUCAAGACUGAAAAAGUCAGUCAAUAAAUUUGUUCCAACUUCUACUAAAGAUUGUGCUAUGAAUAAGAUUAAAGGUUAUUCCAGAAAUAGUCAGGAAUGUAACAUAGAACAUGAACAUUACCCGAGUAAAAGCAGGGAAUAUGAUAGUGCUUAUAAUAUUUCUAGUAAAAAUAAAGAGUAUUCUGCAAGUAAUGAUAGGGGCCUAGAUUACAACAUUGAAGUAGGUAAACCAAAAACUUCUACAAACAUGGAUAUUGAUAUGGAGGAAGAAGCAAAAGCCCAUAAGAGCCAAAUUGCUAAAUUAACGUUUAAAACUGCUAAGGAACAAUUGCUAGCUUCUAAUCCAGCUGCCAGACGGACAUUGGGUGCUUCGCGGAAAGCACAGGCAAAAUUCAUCUCACCCAUGCUUGGAGCUAUGGACAAACAGGAGGAGAGUGAACCAGUUAUUUCUGAUGAAAGGUUGAAGCACAUUGAUCCAAAAAUGAUUGAGCUCAUUGAAAGCGAAAUAAUUGAUAAGGGAACUCCAAUUGGUUGGGAGGACAUAGCAGGUCUACAAAUGGCUAAAUCGGUGAUACAAGAGGCAGUGGUGUGGCCGCUACUUCGCCCCGACAUCUUUACGGGGCUCCGGCGUCCGCCGCGCGGUAUAUUACUGUUCGGACCUCCGGGUACAGGAAAAACUCUCAUUGGUAAAUGCGUGGCGGCACAGUGCCACGCCACGUUCUUCAGCAUAUCGGCGUCAUCGCUGACUUCCAAAUGGAUUGGUGAUGGGGAGAAAAUGGUGCGCGCCUUGUUCGCCGUGGCGAGGUGCCAUCAACCCGCGGUGAUAUUUAUAGACGAGAUAGAUUCUUUGCUCACGCAGCGCAACGACUCUGAGCACGAGGCCACCCGGCGAAUCAAAACUGAAUUUCUCGUGCAGUUUGAUGGAGCAGCUACUGGUGAUGAAGAUCGUCUCUUGAUAGUUGGUGCGACAAAUCGUCCCCAAGAACUGGACGAGGCGGCCCGGCGUCGUCUUGUGAAGCGUCUUUAUAUACCACUGCCUGAUAUUGACGCACGCAAACAAAUAAUAUCGAACUUGCUUAAGGAUGAGAACCAUGACUUGAGUGAACACAACAUGGCAGAGAUUGCAAGCCUAACUGAAGGUCACUCGGGCGCAGAUAUGAAGUCCUUGUGUUCUGAAGCAGCGAUGGGACCCAUUCGUUCCGUACCGUUGUCACAAAUCGUCACUAUUGAUAGAGAUAAGGUUCGCCCAGUCAAUGUUCGGGACUUCAAAGCUGCGCUCCAACGGGUUCGACCGAGUGUUUCUCAGGAUGACCUCGGCCAGUAUGUCAAGUGGAAUAACACUUAUGGUCAAGGAUUUUGAUGUAUCAUACAAUAAAGAUUAUUUUUCAAUA